CAGAAGCAUGUGUCAUCUUGACUGCUCGGUCCAAAAUCACUCUUAAGUUUGGAGGAAAUACCGUCGAGGUGUGCCUACAAGCCAGUUUAGUUCAGACGCCAUUGAACUGGAGAAUUAUUUUGUAAAGUUUACAUUUCACCGGCAGGCCAGGACUGCCCUGCAUUUAUAGCCAUUGGUCGUCACCUGAUCUGACCACUGCUCUUACCUUUGGUUGCUCCAGCAGUAAAGUGAGCGGUGAUGACCCUGUCUGGAGGCACCAGUGCCAGCAACAUGUCCGGUCAGACCGUGCUCACAGCUGACGAUGUGGAUAUCGAUGUAGUCGGGGAGGGCGACGAGAGCAUGGAGCGGGACAGUGACUGCGAGAGCCAAUGCAUGCAGGACCGAGGAGAUGAGGUGGAGGAGAUCGAGGUGAAGGAACACAGCGAGAGCGCCAGCGAGGGCGAGUCCAAGGGGGAUGUUCAGGAGAGCUCAUCCAGUCCCAUGCAAAACAAACCCAAGAGCAGCCUGGUGAAGCCGCCCUACUCCUACAUCGCCCUCAUCACCAUGGCCAUUCUGCAGAGCCCGCAGAAAAAGUUGACGCUCAGUGGCAUCUGCGAGUUCAUCAGCAACCGCUUUCCUUACUACCGAGAGAAGUUUCCAGCGUGGCAAAACUCCAUUCGCCACAACUUGUCCCUCAACGACUGCUUCGUCAAGAUCCCACGGGAACCGGGCAACCCGGGAAAAGGCAACUAUUGGACCCUCGACCCCCAGUCGGAAGAUAUGUUUGACAACGGCAGCUUUCUCAGGAGGAGGAAACGCUUUAAGAGACAUCAGCCGGACAUCCUCAGGGAACAGACCGCCCUCAUGAUGCAGAGUUUUGGGGCAUAUAGUAUAGGGAAUCCUUACGGACGCCACUAUGGAAUUCACCCGGCCGCCUACUCGCACCAUGCAGCCGCUCUGCAGUACCCGUACAUUCCCCCGGUGGGUCCGAUGCUCCCUCCGGCGGUGCCUCUCUUAUCCUCUGCAGAACUGAACAGAAAAGCAUUUAACUCCCAGCUGAGUCCAAGUCUCCAGUUACAAUUAAACAGCCUAAGCACCGCGUCAAUGAUCAAAUCUGAGCCUUCCAGUCGACCAUCGUUCAGCAUAGAGAAUAUUAUCGGUGUCUCCAGCAGCUCUGCGAGCGCACAGACUUUCCUGCGGCCGCCCGUGACGGUGCAGUCCGCUUUACUGAGCGCACAGUCCCUGUCCUUAUCCCGGACAUCAGCAGCCAUCGCGCCCAUUCUCAGCGUUCCGUCAAACUUAAUUUCUGGACAGUUUUUACCCACAGCGUCCACAACAGCGAUAUCCAAAUGGCCUUCUCAAUGAUAAUCAAAAACAUUUUUUUACACAUAUUUUAUUAUUAAAAGGCACAGUACGGACUGUAAGCAGCACUGGACAAUUCGUCCGCCCCAAUCUAGCCAUGUAAAGACUUUAAAGAAAGAAAUUAAAAAAUCAUAAUCAAAAAGGAAUGCUUUCAGUACAGGUAAUGUUUGUAAAUAUUUGUACAAAGAAAUUAAUUUACAUGUUACUUUCCAAUUUCAUUUAGUUGUUCAAUUGGAUGACAAGAGUUGAUUGAGCCUUAUUUUUCAUAAUUUUGUUUUCAUGGGUAUGUUGAGAAAAGUUAUUU